AUCACCGCUCUCCUCCGCCCUCUCAACUUUAGUCGCGAAGCCUCUCCACGCCAAAUAGAGCCGUAAAAAGGAAGCUUCUUGCUCGCCGGAAACUUGAGCUCCCGCAUCCACCUCCCAAGUUGGUGGUUCCCUCCGUCGCCGGGUCCCGAGGCGAUCCCCGGCGAAGCCUCGGUGCUGCUGGUCCCCGAGGAAGUCGAUCCCCCGCCGCGUUCGCCACAUGAUGGGGUUUUCCCUUAUCCCGAUGAUGACGUCAACUCGGCUCCUCUGGUCCACCUCCUUCUUCCGCCAUAAGAGCGCCGCCGUCUUCCUCUAACCGGUCAAGAAGUCCUCCGUCUUUAGAUAUAGCGUCUAUACAUAUAGCGUGAGAUCGGGUGAUGGAUCGUGUUCGUCUGAUCUUUGAUUCCUCCUCGUCGCGCGGCCGCCACGGGCAGCGGAUGCUCCUGUUAGGCGGCGGCGGCGGCGGCGGUAGCAGUCCGGUCUUCGGAGGGGCGAGAUCGGCGUUGGCUGCAGCGGAGGGCGCGAACAAGCGGCGGCCGUUCUUCACGUCGCCGGAAGAGCUCUUGGAGGAGGAGUACUACUACGACGAGCAGCAGCCGGACAAGAAGCGCCGCCUCUCGCCGGAGCAGGUACGCUUACUGGAGCGGAGCUUCGAGGCGGAGAACAAGCUGGAGCCGGAGCGGAAGAGCGAGCUGGCCCGGAAGCUCGGCCUGCAGCCGCGGCAGGUGGCGGUGUGGUUCCAGAACCGCCGCGCCCGGUGGAAGACGAAGCAGCUGGAGCACGACUUCGACCGCCUCAAAUCCUCCUACGGCUCUCUUCUCUCCGACCAUGACUCCCUCCUCAAGGAAAACGACCGCCUCCGAUCCCAGGUGAUCUCACUGACCGAGAAGCUCCAGAGCAGGACAGCAGCGUCAGCGGGAGCUGCGGGGAUCGCCGGGACGAAAUCAGACGUUCAGGCCGCCGCAUCAGUCGCCGAUCCUGCCACCCUGGCCGUCCAGACGAAGGCGGAGGACAGGCUGAGCGCGGGGAGCGGCGGGAGCGCGGUGGUCGACGGGGAGGCCGCCAAGCAGCUGGUGGACAGCAGCGAGGUGUCCUACUUCCCGGAGGGCUACCACUGCAUGGGCCCCGUCGACGGCGGCCGGGUUCACUCGGAAGAGGACGACGUGAGCGACGAGGGGUGCAACUACUACUCCGACGGCAUGUUCGCGGCGGAGCACCACCACCAGGAUGAAGUGGAUGCGCAGCUGGAUUGGUGGGUUUGGAGCUGAGCAAAAACGGAGAUCUCUCUCUUUCUCCUCUUCCUCCUCCUCCCUUCCCUCUUCUCUACUAGUGUUCACUAGUAACCAAUGCUGAGUUAGUGUAUGAUGAUGAUAUGCUCUGUGUCAUGUCUGAGGAGAAGACUCUUUCUGUGCAUUGUAGUGUUGCUAUUAUAUCCUUUGUGAGGAUUGCUGUGGUUACAAUUAGCAUCGGUGUCAACAGCUUAUAAUAUCAGAUCUAUAUUUGUUCCA